AUGUCGGAUCUGAAGAGGAACAUAUUGCAGAAGGCAGAGUUGUGUGGGGCCAAGUUGGUGAAUGUGUUCUACAAGAUUCUGAUGGCAGUUGUGUCAAGUGGUGUGCAGUAUGAAACAUUUUUCAUAGGGUCGGAUGAAGACAUGGGGUCUUUUUUCAUUGUUGGCGGAGUUUUUUCGAAGGUGAGAAUACACGAGUUGUAUGCCAAGUUGGAAGACCGUGUGGAAAGUUCCGGGACUUCAGCGCCAAAUCUUCAGUCGACGACGGUGGGGGGUGCUUCUACUUCGAUACCUGUCGUUGUACCUGGUUGUCUACUACCUGCACCUUCACUUGUUCUAGCACUGGCAAAUAGGUCACCUGGUUUGAUUACUGGUCUCGUUGGUGGUGAUGAGCCAGAUCACGUUGAGAACGCGAUGCGGGACUAUGAUUCGGACGAUGAGCCCGAUCACAUAUCAGGGGAUAGUGAGGAGGAGACUCCAGUUCCCCUACCUGCACCUCAGGGGCCAUCCAGUUCUAGGUCCCACCAACAACCGCCGCAUUUCUCGACGCUUAACCUGGAAGUAACUAAGGAGGAAGUUGUGAUGAGUGUUAAGGAUUAUAGCAUUCCUCGAGGAGUUCAGUAUCGGGUUAUGGAAUCUGAUCAUCUAAAGUAUCUUGGAAGAUGCAAGGAGUUUGGAAAUGGCUGCACCUGGAUGAUCCGCGUGGCACUUCGGCAACGCAAGAGUAUCUGGGAUGUUAGAAGGUACAACGAAGCCCACACUUGCCUGGCCACAUUGAUUUCGAGCGACCACCGACAGCUCGAUUACCCACGUAAUAUGCGCGAGGAUCUAUCUUUUGGUUAA